GUCAGUGUGACAACAUUCAAACAUAUGACAGUUCAGUUUCUUCUGAAAAAAUGUGCAAAUUAUAAUUUCAGUGUAAAUAUUUUUUUUAAUUCAAUUUGUUAUUUUUGAACAAUAAGUGACCAUAAACAACUGGAAUAAUGUCUAGUGAUUCUGAUCAAAAUGACGAUGCUGAUCCAUGGGUUUAUUAUUGUGAUAGACCGGAAUGGAAUGAUAUCAAACCCGUACCACAAAACGAUGUUUCCAUAGGAAUAGUAGCUAUUGCAUAUACGAAAAAAUUUACUGAUGUAUUUGACUACUUUCGAGCUGUCCUUCAAGCUUCUGAAUAUUCGCAAAGGGCAUUUGAUCUUACAACAGAUGCAAUCAAAUUGAAUCCUGCCAAUUAUACAGUGUGGCAAUUUAGGCGCGAUAUCAUGAAGCAUUUAAAAAUGGACAUUGUACAGGAAAUGUUCUUUAUUGAAAAUAUCAUGAUGGAUUUACCAAAAAACUAUCAAGUGUGGCAUCAUCGCCAUGUCCUAGUUAAAUGGUCACAGAACCCAAAUCAUGAGCUAAGGCUAACCGAAUAUAUUUUAGAGCUAGAUUCAAAAAAUUAUCAUGCUUGGCAGCAUAGAUGUUGGGUGAUUACUGAGUUCAAGCUUUAUGAAAAUGAACUGGAUUUUGUUGAUAAAUUGUUGAAAGCAGAUCAACGGAAUAACUCAGCAUGGAAUCAACGUUUUCAUAUUAUCAAAACGUUCUAUGGUUUGGAUGGGGAUACUAUUCAACAAGAAAUAAGUUAUGUCUUGGAAAAAAUGCAGAUAAUUAAAAACAAUGAAAGUGCUUGGAACUACCUGCGUGGCGUAAUUUGUCACAAUAGUGGAAAACUUUCUGAUUAUCCUGAAGUGCAAGAAAUUUGUGAACGUCACUUUAAUUCGGGCUACCAAGAAGCAUGUUUGGUCUCCUAUCUAUUUGACCUAUAUAGGGAAAAAUAUUUAUUAGAUAAAACAGAUGAAACAUAUUAUGAGAAAGCAGUAGAAUGUUUAAAUAUAUUGGCAACAAAAUGUGACAAAAUUAGAAAGAAGUACUGGACAUAUCUAAAGGAAGAAAUGCGAAAGGAAUACUGUACAUAAAUAUUUUAUAUAUUUUAUUAAUAUUGUCUUUUUAUUUAC